UGUCCCCUGGCUUGUUGCACGCCCCGACUAUGUGAAGAGGCCCUUGGUGUGUCUCGUGAAGAGAGGGCACAUGACUAUGAUUUCCCUUUUCCGUCCGGCGUCAUCAUUACAAGUGGCCCUUCUACUCGGCCACCCCGACCGACGCCACGUUGCGGGCACCAUGUCGGCCUGCGAAAGGUAUGCUCCUUCACGGCGUAUGGUCAUUUGGAGGAAGACACGCUAUACAAUUUGCUCGGUGUCAUUGUUGAAAAAUGA